GAACACUUGGAUCUUCGUUACGCCAAACAGCACGGAAUUCCAAUAAAAGGGCUCCUUGCUAACCGGAUUCCUGAUCUCAUCAAGAUGGCAUUUACGUCCAGUGCGGCGUACGUGACGGAAAUUCGUCUCUCGGGUCUAUUAGUACUGAAGGAUGUGGUCGAAAUAUUUUCUUCAUCUCCAGACCCCGACUACGAUGAUGCUCUCCUUCUUGAGCAGCAUCAAGCUCCGAUUACUGCCGCAUUGACUCCAGCCUUUUCUUCGGAUUCGACACCAGAGCUCCUGGCUUUUGCUGUGCAAGUAUGUGCGAUAUUUGUCGGGUCGGGGGUCAUCAAGGACGUAUCAAAGAUGGGCCGGAUCUUGAAACUACUGACUGGUGCUUUAGAUCAGUCCAAAACCUCUGGGUCCUUUGCUAUCGGCGAGGUUCAACAAAUGUCACCCAAUGCGGCCGUGAUGCUUAAAAUAUCCACCUUGACUGCAUGGGCGGAGCUUCAAAUCGCGAGUAUCCACCAGAAUUAUCUCAAAGCUGUUAUCUUGCCCUAUCAAGAGACCCUAGCUUCUUUAUGGGUCGGUGCUUUGCGAGACUAUGCCAGUAUUCGAGGUGAUACCGAAGUGCUGCAAGAAGCAACUUCGAGUGCUGUCGAUACCCUAUACCUUAAUCUAGGCAAAGAAGUUCUACUUCCAAUCCUAAAGGCUACAUCGGUUAUGAUGGAAUCGCGCAGCCCUUUCAUCGUAGCCGCUAUGGAUGGCAGAGAAGGAGAAAGUCCCCCUAGUUCCUUCCGAAGUGAACCAGCCGCUCUCUUUUUCGUCAUCUUUGGUCUGGUCUUUGAGGCUUUGACACAAUCUUCGGGAUCCAACUCUUCAACAUCUGGAGAGUCUGUGACUAUAAUGGCUCUUGAGUCUCUUGAGCAUCUAGUCAGACCUGAAUAUGCCGGCAACGCCAUUCUCGAGGCGUCUAUUUUCGAUGAGUUUAGUAGCCUUUGCUAUCGACUAGCGAUGAUGGAGACGGCAAACGUUCACAUCCCGUUGAUUCGCACCAUCACAAGCCUCGCCAGCACACAGUUGGGACAUGCUAAUAAACGUGCAGCUUACCCACUGUCUCCGGAUAUGUGCGUACAUUCUUCGCCGGGCCUUACCCUCGUCCAGUGGUGGUACAUAUGUUGGGCACACUUUACGGUCCAGAGAGCAGGGGCGAUAUGGGUGCCAUCUCAGUCGCACUUUAUUCAGGUACAUGGAUACAUCAUACUCCUUCUAGCUCUAUCUAACGAGAACUCGAUAGAAUUACUCAAGGACGAAGCAAUGCAGUAUGAUCUAGUUGGACCCACUCUACCAGCCCUGAAGAAGAUACUUGCGACCGCGAUUAUGUCCCAAGACAAGAGUGAUUCCUCUCGCCUUAUACAAGGUCUCAUCUCUUGUUGUCUCCAAAACAUUGAAGAGACGAGCAACCGCUCGGGUAUAUCGGUUGACCUGAAAGCGAAGAACAACAUGUUUGCAGUCGUUCUGGUACUGACCUGCCUACCACCCGACUUUACGCUUAGCCGUGCUUUGGUUGAUGAGUGCUGCUAUCUCAUCUCUCAAAGGAUAAAUGAUGACUCUGAGCUCGUCGCAACUGCCGCUACCAACGUUGACGAUUCAACGAAGCUCUCCAGCUUAUCGCCUCCUUUGGACGAGGCCCUCAAGACGUUCACCGCCUUCUUUACUGGAAUCCCAGAGCAUGGAAAAUCGGCCGCACUCGCCGUUAUUUUACCAACUCUGGCACUCUUACUGGACCCAUCACGUUCACCACCCUCCAGCCUUCACAUCCAAACCGUGCCGAUACUGUUAAGCUUUGCUACCUCGGCUCCCGGUCCCUUCAAAGAAAUUACGGAUAAAUUAGAUCCGGCACCGCAAAACCUCAGAUAUCCCUCAAGGCAUUCUAAUCUUUGGGCACUAGACGAAAAAGUUGGGUUAGGAACUGGAUCAGGAUCAUGCUCGCAUGCCAAGGCAAACGCAGAAGAAGUACUCUAUUCACCAGACGGGCUAGUGAAGAUAGCUGAUGUCCCAUUGGAUGCCUCAAUUUUGGCCGGUGACUUGAGGCCGUUCAUCCUGGGAUAUAAAGGGCAGGCGUUGCGUCUACCAGAAUGCAUCGUAAAGCUCCAACUCGCAUCUGUGCGCUCUAAACCCAUCUUCAAAGCAUCAAACUCUCUCGGACAUCCUGGUGGAAAGGUCGGACAAUUGGUCGUUCAAGCACUUGUUGCCGCCAACUUUUCUGUGACCGCGUUGGCUCGGCCCACGUCUAGCUAUACUGCGCCUCCCAAUCUUGACGCCGUCAAAGUCGUAAAAGUCGCCAGCGACGAUCACGCCAAACUCGUUGAAGCCUUCAAGGAUCAAGAUGCCAUUGUAUUGACCAUCGAUGGUCACCAGAAUGUCCUUGACGCUUCCAAGGUGUACGUGGACGCAGCGAUCGAAGCUGGUCCUCAGUUCGCGAUGGCCUACUCUGGAAAGGCCGCCGUUGGGAAUUAUUUGGCCGAAAAAGCCAAGGAGGGAAAGAUCAAUUACAUCACGAUCAAAGCUGCACUCGACAUGGCUUUUAUGAUCGAUACAAAGUCCCGAAAGGCAACUCUCUACGACACUGGUGAACAAAAGUUCCACUCUACGACGCUCCCAUCCAUCGGCAAGGCAGUCGCAGGCGUCCUCUCCUCUCCCUCCGAAUACCUCAACAAGGAUGUCUACAUUCACGACUUUUACACAACUCAAGCCGAAAUACUCAAUAUCGUCCAAUCCGAAGUCGGCGAAACGUUUGAGACCCAGAGCGUCGACAUGACCGCAAUGGGCGAACAGUCGAUUGCAGGGUUGAAGAAAGGCGAUUAUAGCCCUCCUACGUUUUAUGGGUUGGUGAAGAGUGCGGCGUGGGGUAAGGAAGGAGCGGCGGAUUGGGAUCCAAAGGAUAGUAGUGCGGCUCUUGGGCUUGGACAGCUGGAUCUCAAAGAAGAGGUCAAGAAAUUGUUGGGGAACCAGUACUGA